AAUACAGAAAAGCCGGAGGUCACCGGGAGGAUUGGGGAAACUGAGGCUUUCCAGAAAGCCCGGUGACAAGACAGGGGCACUUAGCCCAGGAGGUUACAGAGACCAUUGCAACAAGGACAGAAGCUGGACGUACAGUGUUGCGGAGGGUCACUCACAUCACCAUCAUGAGUGAGACAUUUGACUGUGCAAAAUGCAAUGAGUCCCUGUACGGCCGCAAAUACAUCCAGACAGAUAGUGGCCCCUACUGCGUGCCCUGCUAUGACAACACCUUUGCCAACACCUGUGCCGAAUGCCAGCAGCUUAUUGGACAUGACUCAAGGGAGCUGUUCUAUGAGGAUCGCCACUUCCAUGAGGGCUGCUUCCGCUGCUGCCGCUGCCAGCGCUCCCUUGCUGACGAACCCUUCACGUGCCAGGACAGUGAGCUGCUCUGCAAUGACUGCUACUGCAGUGCCUUCUCUUCACAGUGCUCUGCCUGUGGUGAGACAGUCAUGCCUGGGUCCCGGAAGCUGGAGUAUGGAGGCCAGACAUGGCAUGAGCACUGCUUCCUGUGCAGUGGCUGUGAGCAACCGCUGGGCUCCCGCUCCUUUGUGCCCGACAAGGGCGCUCACUACUGCGUGCCCUGCUAUGAGAACAAGUUUGCUCCUCGCUGUGCCCGCUGCAACAAGACGCUGACCCAGGGUGGAGUGACGUACCGCGAUCAGCCUUGGCAUCGAGAAUGCCUGGUGUGCACUGGGUGCAAGAUGCCCCUGGCAGGGCAGCAGUUCACAUCUCGGGAUGACGAGCCCUACUGUGUGGUCUGUUUUGGAGAACUCUUUGCACCUAAGUGCAGCAGUUGCAAGCGCCCCAUCACAGGUGGGACGGGUGGUGAGGGUGCAGGACUCGGUGGUGGCAAGUAUGUGUCCUUUGAAGACCGCCACUGGCACCACAGCUGUUUCUCCUGUGCCCGGUGCUCCACCUCCCUGGUGGGCCAAGGCUUCGUGCCGGAUGGAGACCAAGUGCUUUGCCAGGGCUGUAGUCAGGCAGGGCCCUGAGCUGAGGCUCUUGGGCUUCUGGCUUCCUCAAACCAGGGCUCCAGGACUAUGGCUCCUUUUGUGACCCACCGCUGGGACCCAGCCCCUCCCUAGCACAGGGCUUCUGGAUUCAGUCUCCCAACUGGUACUCCCUGACCCAGGCCCCCAAACCUGGGCUGUUAAGGAGCCCCCAUGACUCAAGCCCGCUGUUCCAAGUCUGGACUCUAGACGCAAGACCUCACCUCUGUAGUCUAGGUUCCCAGACCAAGCAAGCCCCCUCCCCAAGCCCUCCAAAUCUGGACUUAGGGACCGUGGCCUCCAUAAAAUCUAGUCUUCCCUGCAUAGAUUUUAGGUCUCCUUGGUGCCUGAAAAGUCCUCAGAAGCAGGCUAUACCCAGGUUUGAUCCCCGCCCCACCUCCACUCUAUCCAUAUCCCUACGGAUAGGAUUUUGCUGUCUGUGCAGCCAACUGGUUAG